AUGUUCGGCUUUCGAACAAACCAUUUCCCUGUUGAGGGUCGGACCAUUGUUGUCACUGGUGGUUCCGAUGGAAUGGGCAAGGCUGUGGCGUGCCAGCUCGCUGAAAAAGGUGCCAACAUCGUUAUCGUGGCUCGCACGGUCCAGAAGCUCAGAGAAGCUCUGGAGGCCAUUAAGGGAACCGCCAAAGACGUCAAGAAACAAAGAUUCCACUAUAUCAGUGCCGACUUGACAGAUGCCGCAGAAUGCGAGCGUGUUAUUGCCGAGGUCACUGAGUGGAAUCAUGGUCUCGCUCCAGAUGUCGUUUGGUGUUGCGCUGGCUACUGUGAGCCUGGUUUCUUCGUCGAAACCCCGGUCAACACACUGCGAAACCAGAUGGACACCGUAUAUUGGACCGCUGCGAAUACAGCACAUGCGACUCUCAGGAGCUGGCUCAAGCCCAUUGCCCCCAGCCAGCAGGUACCGUUGCCUCAGAGACAUCUUAUCUUCACCUGUUCCACUCUUGCUUUUGUCUCCAUUACGGGAUACGCUCCAUAUUCCCCGGCCAAGGCCGCCAUUCGAUCUCUGGCCGAUACUCUGAGUCAAGAGAUUGAGGUGUACAACGGUGCUCGGGCAGCGAGAGCCAGAAAUGCAGCCCCACCGGCCGAUGUUAAGAUCCACACUAUCUUUCCCAUGGGUAUUCUCAGCCCCGGUUUUGACAACGAGCAAGAACUCAAGCCUCAACUUACAAAGGAACUGGAAGCUGCCGACAAGCCACAGCGUCCGAUUGAAGUCGCCAGGGCGUCGAUUCAAAGCUUGGAGAAAGGUGACUAUUUGAUUACUACGAUGUUUGUCGGCCACAUGAUGAAAGCGAGUGCUCUUGGUGCCAGCCCUAGGAAUUCGAUCAUUGUCGAUACUGUGACAAGCUGGCUCAGUAACCUGGUAUUCCUGCAGGUGAUUCCUGAUCUCCGAAAGAAGGCUUUCAAUUGGGGCUUGAAGAACGGCGUUCCAUCAUCUCAGUCGAAGUAG